AUGACAGAAAUCGCAAAUGACUUAUCCAAACUCAAUGAUGCAAUUGGCAGCGUGUCAAAGGAAAACCUUGUCUCCAUGGUCGUGGAGAUUUGUCGAACGAAUCCCUCUGCGAGAGAGUUUGUAAUUGAUGAGCUCUUUGUCACUGAAGAUAGAAAUCCGCAACCAGAAACUCCGUGCACGAUCAGCACCGUCAGCGAGGGCGACGAUGACAGCGACAACAGCGGGGAAACUGUCCCUCAGCUUGGAGCUACUGGAUCCAAGAGACAACGAACCCGCUACGCCGUUUGCGAAAACUGUAAGGAGGAGUUUGAUGUCACGAAAAACACCCGCCGGAGCUGUUCCUACCACCCUGAGAUCCCUGAAGCGGACGUUGACCAGUUUAUUGAUCAUGAUGAACAAUGUCAUGGUCCGAUGGAUACGGAGGAAAACCGGAUCAACUAUCCGGAGCGCUUUAUCUAUGAAUGUUGUGAUCGUUAUGGAGAUGAAGAGCCGUGUGUUAGAGACUGGCAUAGAGAAGUGAAGUACGAAUAUUCGAAGAGGGCGAGGUACUAA